GCCUUCACCGCCUCUCGUUGCUCCCCACAGGCCCGCGGCGGCGAUGGCGGCGGGGGACGAGCGGCGCUCGGCGAGCCCGGUGGCGGCCACCCCGUGCUGGCGGGUGGAGGAGUUCGUGGUGGCGCAGGAGUGCGGGCCCUGCUCCGGCUUCCAGAUGAAGACGGUGCCCGAGUGCAGCCCCACCGGCUUCGUGGAGCGAAUCAACUGCGCUGGCUCCAAGAGGGCCGAGUACAAGAGCUGCCGCUCUGCUCUCCUUGACGCCCGCUCCUUCUGGCGCUUCGUGGGCUCCAUGCUGGGCCUCUCGGGCCUCGCCGCCCUCCUCGUGCUCUCCCGCCAGCGGCUCCUGGACCGCCGGGCCCUCGAGAAGGUGCGCAAGCAGCUGGAGGCCAUCUGAG